AUGUCGAGCGCUUCUCGUGCUCGUUCAAUUUUUAUCUUUGGCUCUCAAGGCCCGGCCAACUUUGCAGAGCAUCUGCUCAGUCUGGUUAAGCGUGGUCAAACUAAUCCGCAUCUAACAGCCUUCUUCCAACUCGUCCUCGACGCCAUUCGCACCGAGGUCCUAUCAAUCACAGACACCGCUGACCUCGCCGUCUUGCCCGAUAUCAGCAAGUUCGCAAGUCUCAAGACGCUCUGUCUCUUCCAUGAGUCGACUGGCUACCAGAAUGCUACGGUCAAUGGUAUACUCCUCGUCGUUCUGCAAGCCGCUCAGGUCAUCGCGAGGCUUGAGAGUGAAGCACAUGCUUUCUUUGACAGUACAACCCAAUUUGCUGGGUUCUGCACUGGUGCCGUCACAGCUUCCGCUCUCGCGGCGGCUGUUGAUGGCCCUUGGGACGUCAUUCGCCAGUCCAUCGAAGCGGUUCGUCUGGUCUUCUGGAUAUCCCUGUGUUCCUCACAAGUCGCUAGGGAGCACAUAUCGGCAACAGGCGUGGAAGACAGUCUGCCCUGGAGUUACGCCGUCAGCCUCACCAACAGUGGCACUGCCGCUGUCACUGUCCAUGAUAUUGAGGCAGCCAUCGACUCGUUUAACAAUGCCGUAUGCGCCGAUGAAGCACAGCAAGUCAAGAUCGUUGCUACAGCUUACGCCAUAUCGGGCGUCUCAGUCGGCGGGCCCCCUGCUCGUCUGCAGACUUUUGCAGACUGGAUCAAUGCCAAAGAUGCCGGUAUUUCAGCGCGCGCUGCUCCUUUGCGAAUCUUUUCGCCCUAUCACAACGAGGCGCUGCUUAGUGCUUCCGUUGAAGCAGUCAUGAAUCACGCGCGCAGGCGCGAGAUCAAGAUUCUUGGCGCGGGCGAUAUUGUCAGAAAGCUGGCACGGCCGGUCUAUGAUGUCGUGCGUGGCACAGUGUUGGACGCAAGUAACUUCAAUGACACAGCACUCAUACGCCUGCUCGUCGAAUCGAACUUUACAAAGUGCAAUCGCUUCGACCUGGUUGCUGAUUCAAUUGCUUCAAGCUUCGAAAAAGAACAUGGACCUGUCACGGUCAGUUGCGCUGCUCCAAGUCUGGGGCUCGGGACUUCGAUUGUCGAGUUGAUCAAAGCGAAGAAUCCUGCACUGGAAGUUGCUACCGAAGACCUGUCGUCCUCUACUGCCCGCUUCACUGCCAACAGUGAUGAAGAUGCAGAUUUUGCUUCUCCUGAAAACGAAAGCAUUGCCAUUGUGGCGAUGUCAUGCCGCCUUCCCGGCGCAAUCAUGGACCCAGACCAGUUUUGGGACUUUCUCAGGGCCGGAAAGACGGCUGUGGGCGAAAUCCCGAAGCAUCUGUUCGAUAUCGAUGACUACUAUGGCGAUGGAAUCAACCAGACACGCGUCCGCCAUAUGCAUGCACUGCCAGAAGAUGUAGUCAAGACGAUGGACCUUCGUAUCCCCAAUAUUUCGCCAAAGGAAGCAGAACAGAUGGACCCUCAGCAUCGCCUCGCCAUCCUAUGUGCGUACGAGGCACUUGAGCGGGCCGGGUAUAGUCCCAUGGCCAGUCAAAGCUUCGACAACCGUCGCGUUGCGUACUUUGCUGCCGUUACAUCAGACGACUACCGCGAAAAUGCAAUGAGCGCGCCUACGGGUAUCAGCAGCUACUUCAUCUCUGGCUGCAUUCGGGCAUUCGUUCCGGGAGCCCUUAGCUUCGCGUUAGCGCUUGAAGGGCCUUCAAACACCAUCGACUCUGGCGAGACAAGCUCCCUCGUCACCCUCGAGCAUGCUCGCCAUGCUCUCUUGGCAAAGCAAUGCGAUGUCGCGCUCGCUGGUGGAUUUUCGGUGUUGACAGCGCCGCUCAAUUUCAUCGGCAUGGACGUAGACAAUCUGUUGGCCCAUUCUGAUCGCAACACCACUUUCGACGCUGACCAUAAAGGCGUCGUGCGUGGGGACGGCGCAGUUGUCUUCGUGCUCAAGAGACUGUCCGAUGCUAUUGCCGAAGGAGACGAAGUGCUUGCGACACUUCCAGCUGUGUCCCAUCGUACGUUCGCAGACGGCAUGUCUGCUGCGGAGCAAGCGAGCUUUCUUCGUUCUGUACUUGCAUCGUCAGGGGUUCCAAAGCAAUCUAUCGUCCACGUUGAAGCUGCCGGCUACUUCAACGCAGAAGUCGAGGCUGCCGAAUUUGAUGCGCUACACGCCACACUCGGCCCAGAACCGAUGGAGGAGCGCACUCUGACCGUUGGCUCGGUCAGACCGAAUCUGGGAGCGUCCGAAGCCGCCAUGGGUAUGGUCGAAGUGAUGAAGGCUGUCUUGAUGCUUAAGCAUGAGAUCAUUCCGGGCUGCAUUGCCGUCGACAGGCUCAACCCGACCAUCAAGACCAUCGCUGAUAGCGGCAAGACGAUCAUUCCCUUCAGCGAAUGUCAAAUGCGUCUGCCUUCCAAUCAGCCCGCAACCAUCGCCGUCCAUGGCCUUGCGUUGGCAGGUAAUCAAGCAGUCGCACUCGUACAGGGACCACGGAAACUCGUCAUGGCCGAAGAUUCUUCAGACACGCGCGGCUGUCACAUCUUUUCACUCUCAGCGAAGAGUUCGGAAGCAGCGGAGCAAAUGCGAAAUAGGUUAAACGCCUACGUCACGGAGGACACGAACCUUUUACGGCUCUCCUACACAUUGAUGGCCCGACGUCUCCUCCACCCUUUCCGAAUCACGUUCACGGCCUCGACCCGAAAGGAGCUCAAAGCGAAACUCGGAUCAACUGCUGUCUUGGAGGUUCGAGAGCAGACCAAACGCUUGCAGCUCGAGAUUGUGUUCACGGAAUCGAUUACACCGGAAACAGUCCAAGCAUUGUGCAACGGGGACUGCAAUUUCCGCGAUGCCUCCGAAGCCUCCUCUCAAGUCCUCAUAUCUCUAGGGAUGGCUCAGCGAAUCAAACCGGAGCUCAAGUCGAUUGUCGCUGGCAUCCGCUCGAACCUGGCAUUACUCCCAAUGUUACAAGCUUGGGGAAUCAACGCUUCACGCGUAAUUGCGGAAGGCCGUGCAAUUCUCGUUGCUCUUGUGGCUUCCCGAGUGCUCUCUGUCCCUGAAGCUUUGUUCUUGGCUUGCUUGCUCCGUCAUCCUGCAACUGCAGAGAAGGCGCUCAGGAAAAUGUCUAGCCGCGUCUUUUCUGUCGACGUCGUCGUUUCUGGCUCCAAGUCGAUUUCUGCUGGCGCCACUUUGAGCAGCGCAAUCGAUAUCGUCAUGCGGCAGCUCUUUCAAACGAGCGAGUGUGUUGUUGAGGUGGCAGAACAGCCCCCAUCUGACCAAUUUUACACGCUUUCGCUGGGGGAGGGUAGAAACGUCUGGACGACAAUCGCAACAUGUCUUGCCAAUUUGCACUCCAGCGCGUACCCAAUCAGGUGGACGGGGUACUUUGCAACAUUCCUUCCUGGUCUGCGCUACCUCAGCGACUUGCCUUCGUACCCCUUCAGUCUCACGCGGCAUUGGAUUCAGUACACGGAUCGCAAUCUCAUCCGACCAUCCGAAGGCUCACCGCAGUCCAUCGUGAUGGAGGAGAUUCCAGAAGAUCGGUCCGACGAAAAGUCCCUUCCUUUGCCGGUAUUCCCGAUGCUUGGAAAGCUGCUGCAAUACGUCGCGCACACGCACUCGAGCAGCGGACAAUGCUCAGCCACGUACGAGGCGCCAGUGUUCGCCCAACCGAUGAUCAGCUUUAUAGAAGGACACCUUGUCAACGGCGUUGCUCUAGCACCGGCAACUCUUUGGGCCGAUCUGUGUCUAGAAGCUGCGGUUGAUGCCUCUCAGAAGUCCGGCGCUUGGGAUGAAGACAAGCUGCAGCCCGCUUUGAAGCAACUUGAAAUCAUUCGCCCCCUCACCAUCACCAAGAGCGCUGCCGAUCCGCAUGUGCUGCUCAUAAAGCUCUUGGGAAAUUUCUUCGAAGGCUCAAUGGAUAUCACCAUUUCUUCCCGAGGUCAAACCGCAACUGAAGUCAAGCAUAUGUCAGCAAAGGUUCAGAUGGCGCCAAGGCAGUCAAUUCAGUCGUCUUGGAUGAGAUUCUCCUCCUUGAUCGCGAGUCGUUACCAGACAGUGCGUGAAUCGUCAGAAGCCAACAUCAUCGGCUCGAAGCUCGCAUACUCGGCUUUUGAGACUGUGGUAGCGUACAAAGAAGGGUCCGGCUUCCGCGGCAUUCAGUCUGUUGCAAUCCUAGACAACAGCUUCGAAGCAGCUACGAUUGUUAAAAUGAGCCCCGACGCACCCAAAUCUCUCUACAUCGUUAAUCCCUGCUUCAUCGACUCUCUCGGUCAGAUCACCGGUUUCAUCUGCAACAGCACAUGUGACUCGAAGCAUGUCUACCUGGCGGAUGGGGUUGCUGCGAUGCGAUUCAGUCACCAACUCGUCAAAGCUGCCGACGCUGGUGAGACCUUGCAUGCGUAUUGUCGCAUGAUUCCACACGACAAUGGCGCAUACUUCCUCGGGGACGCAUUCUUCCUGGAUGCUAGUUUAAGUAUUGUCGGUGAGAUGGAGGGAGUGAGGUACAAGAAGUUACCUCGUGCUGUUCUUCAGCUGCUUCUUCCAAACUCCAGUAAGCCGCGGGCUACGCAAGAGCCGCAGCGCUCAACCAUACCUGCUCUAAAUGGGCCAGCACCACAAAAUAUAGGAAGCACGCGUGUCCCUCGAAUGGAUAGCAAGGUGGACAGAGUCCUCGCCUCGAUUCUGGACGCAGUGGCCAUCGAGCUUGGAGUCGAAGUUGCACAGCUCAGACCGACCACGUCGUUUGCAGAUUUGGGAUUGGACUCGCUGAUGGCAAUCGUCAUUCUGGGGUCUCUGACGAACCUGCCGGUUGAGCUGCCUCCAAGUCUUUUCCUUGAUUGCCUCACUCCGGAGGAUGUCAAGAGCUGGCUGUCCGCUCGAUUGGAAUCAUCUGCGAUGCAGUCCACUGAGACGAGCGAAGACCCUCAAGAAGCGCAAGGAGCCCACUCCGACCGUCCGGCUGCAGGAAAGGCUCAGAACGCCCUGGACAAGACUCGCCAAGUCGUAGCCACUGAGCUGGGGAUCCUUGAGGAAGAGCUUGAGGAAGAGACCGAUCUCGCCGAGCUGGGCUUGGACUCACUCAUGAGUCUUCUUGUCCUUGGCACGUUGAACGCCGAGCUAGGCAUGGAGUUGCCCCCUGGCUUGUUUAUCGACUGCACCAACCUCAAGGAACUGCGGCACUACUUCGUGAGGACAAUGGGGGAAGAUGCUCCGGCAGUUCAAAGCCAGACCGUCCCUGCAUCUGUCGCGAUCACACAGCAGGCCUUGGAUGCAGCAACAGUUGCCAACCUUCUCAAGGACGUUCGCGUCCAACAAGCCGUCCUUCUGCAAAAGUGCGACCACGGACCCAAUCUCUUUCUGUUUCCUGACGGCAGCGGGGCGGCGGCAGCGUACGCGUCGAUGCCAAAGCUCGGUACUUGUUCGCUCUACGGUCUCAACUCUCCCUUCAUGUCGGACUCGUCUUUAUGGAAAGGAGGCGUGCAGCAGUUGGCGCUCGCGUAUCUGUCAAGCAUCCGGAUGGUGCAACCACGCGGCCCGUAUUUCCUUGGAGGGUGGAGCUUCGGUGGCGUAGCUGCUUUCGAGGCUUGCAGGAUCCUCAGCGCUUCGCAGGACCCCGCUGACCGUGUCGAGCUGCUUCUCCUUCUCGACAGCCCUUCUCCGUCACGCUUUCCGCCGCUCCCAAUGAGCAUCGUCGACUGGAUUUUCUCAUCCGCCGACAUACCUACGCCGCCAACAUUGUCGAAGCGCUUGGUCAGUCACUUCCAAGCGACCGUGGACUCGCUGGAGCGUCUCGGUGUCCCCGAGCCGCUCACCGCCAAUCAACCCCAGAGGGUCGUGCUACUCACUGCUCGCCACGGUCUCAAUGUGAAGAAAGAAAUCCCAGAGGAGAACAAAACCGUCAAAUGGCUGGUCGAACCGCGUGUGGGACUCGGUCCCAAUGGCUGGGACGUUCUGCUUCCCAACAAGACGGUCUUGGUGAACGAAUUUGAUGCCAAUCACUUCACGAUGAUGCAUGAGCCAUUCGUUCAGCAGCUUGCGGCUUUGAUUGCUAAUGCUUGCAAGGGCUAG